AUGAACACCUCAACACUAUGUUCAGUUGUUGUGACCCUCUGUGUGGUUCUGAUUUCCUCUUCUCCUAUGACAGUAAAUGCCAAAGGAGGACUGGCUGCAAAACUGUGCAUGGAUACCUUGGAAGACAAGGACGGCUGCAUGGAACUGCUAAAGCAAGCUGACCCUAAGAUCGUGACGGCAAAAAGCUACGAGGAGUUGGCUAGAGCUGUCCUAGGAUGGGCUGUGACCAAGGGAACAGAGGGUCAGAUAUUCCUUAAGGGGUUGGCCCUCGUAGACAAUAAUCCAGCCAUAGUGCGAUGUGCGGGUUUCCACUACGAUGGGGUUGUUGCUUCCUUCAAGAGUGCCAUGGAAGAGUUGAAAGAUGAUCCUCAAACCGCCAGCUAUGAUGCCAAAGUUGCUAGUGAUGGCCCUGCAGCAUGUGAAAGAGGCUUGGUUGCAGCAAAGAUUAAUAAUCCUGCUAUUAUUGCUCUCAACCGUCAAAUAGUCUUACUUAGCACCUUGGCCUUCCAAGCCAUAUGUGAAUAUAGUCCUUAA